CGCAGCAACGCGGUGUGUCGCCGUUUCCCCGUUUAUGACGGCAUCAUGAGGGCAUAAAAGCCCCAAUUGGGGAUAGAGGUUGCUGAUAACCGGCCUGCAUCGCUGAUACGCAAAGCUCGGCCCUUCCUGGCGUGGAGUGCAUUCCCCGAAGCCCCCCGCUCCCGCCAGUCCCACCCCUGCCGCGUUCCGAGUUUGAAUGGAGGCAGAGGCGGAGGAAGCAGAAGAAGCAUCCUGUAGCCUAGCAACCCGCACGACGCCGCGCAGUGCGGUGAAGCGGCUGCUGCUGCGAUGUUUACGUGGUCCAAACCGACCUGAAGAUGCGUUUCGAGGCUUCUCCAGUCACUCUGUGAUCCUGUUGACGUCCUUCGUAGUCGGAAUAGCAAAGUUUGCUUGAAGUUUUAGUUAUUUUAUUCACAUGUAAGACAUCAUAACAUCCUUUAAAAUGCAUGAACUCUUUACGCAAGUCCUCAGCAAGAAGGAUCUGUCAAAGGCUGGGGAUUUAUUCUCAGUAGCUGAUGCAGAGAUAGUAAAUGAUUUGACAGAAGUUGUGACCACAAUUGCUGAGAUCGCCAGUCUUCCAGAUUAUGUCAAUAAUGACAAUGAUCAAAGUGUUGUUGAGAUUUGCAUUACUAGAGUUACUUCUGCAAUCAGAGAAACAAAUUCUAUUGAGCAGCAUUCCGAGGCACUUGUGUCUCUGUUGGAGUCUUGCCUUAACCAUAAUUUAAAGCCAUCGGCACGUGAUGAAGACCCACCUCAUGCCAAAAUUUCUUCUGAUAUUAUAUCUUGCAUAUUUUUGAAUUAUAACAAAAAGGAGGUGAUGCGUCGCGCCCUCCCUGUUGCUGUCAAGUUCUUGCAUAAGGGCAAUAAGGAGUUGUCCAGAAAUAUGUCAUCGUACUUAUCACUUGCUGCCAUUGAAAAUGCUGAUCUUCUGUCUAAACAUAUUCAGUUAAUAAUUGACUCAAUUAUCUCAGGAAAUUUCUCAUUGUGCAGAGUUCUGCCACAAAUUUAUGAAGUAACCAAGGAGCCUGUCCAUGAGCAUGCAAUGGCUCUGGUCUCCCUUCUUCCACUUUGUGAAAAUCAGGAAAAGCUGGCACUUCUAUUGUUGUUUGCAAUGAUAGCCAAAAACAAACCAGCACUUCUAGAACCAAGCCUGCCUCAGCUUUGUGAAUAUUUGAGUCAAGCAGCUACUGCUUCGGACACAAUGAAAGUGUUUGUUAACAUGGCUGAGAAGCGACCUCAAUUGUUAGUUGAUCACCUGCCACAAAUCAAGAAAGUUGUUGAAUGUCAUCCCAAUACACUUUGCCUAGCUGCUCAGGUCAUUUCAUCAGUUGGGAAACUGAGCAAAGAUAGAGCCCAGGAGGCUCUUAAUUUUGUCUUGGAACAUUUGCCAAAAGCAGAUCGCGGUUCGCAGCACACACUUCUCCAUGAAGCUACUCGCCUCUGCAGUUCAUAUCCGGUCUUAUUCACGGAUAAAAUGUUGCAAGGUGUACGUCAAUGUGGACAAAAGCAUACUACUCCACAUGUUAAUUUAACGUCGGGUGGAGUUACAAUAGUCAAAGUAGGAGGAAGUACAGAGGAGAGUAAUGGAGGAAAGAGGAGCUCUGGGAACAGUCGCCAGUCUCAUUCUGAAGUAAAUGGAGCUUUAAACAGACAAGAAGCUAAUCGUCUGGUGAUCAGUCGACCAAGACUUGGAGGUGAUAGUCGAAGCACAGGCCGAUUGCAUGUGUCAGGUGCACACCGUAGUAUGACUCGUCUUAAUAUCACAGGUGGGGGAGGAGCAGGAAGUGGAGGAGGUGGAGGCACAGGCACAGGCACAAGUGGUGGUGGAGGGGUCAAUGGCAAUGGCAGUAGAAUUGGGUCCGUUGGAGGCCUCCAUAAGAGCAUGACUCGAUUAAGUUCCAGUCAGCAAAUCAAUCUAGUACCAAACAGUGCCUUGCCAUCUCCAUCUGCGACAGGUGCAUUGGCUCACACUUCUUUGAGCUCAAAUAAUCGUUCAGUGACAGCUAUCAAUAAUAGCAAUCAGCGUAAUAGUCAGUACGGAAUAUCAAGUGGUGGAGUUACAGUCACAACUACUCAAGAUUCUGCUACUUCUGCCCGUUCAAGCAUUGGUGGAAGUGGAUCUGUUUUGAGAGAUGAUCGUGAGCUUGUGUCAAUUUCUACUUCAUUCCCUCUCAAUGGUCCUCCAGUGACUUAUCACACAACAAGAGACUCCACAGGAAAUGUUGGGAGACUUCAGCAUACCCAUGUCCAUUCAACAUCUCAGCAGUCUCAGUUGCAGAGUUCAACAUCCUCUCAGUCAAUGCUAUCAUCACACACAAUGAAACACUCAUCCAACCAAAUUGCUAAUCAUAAUGCUCUGGUCAAUUCUCAACAGCAACAACUCCUACAACAUGGACAGCAAAAUCAGCAUCUACAGUCACAACAUUUACAGCAGCAGUUGCAGCAGCAACAGCCUCCAUACACACAGCCGCAACAACCACCCCUCCUUCAACAAACGCAGCAGCAACAGCAGCCCCCUUCAAUGCCAGCUCUGUCAACCCCAAGUCUCCCUGCAGCUUCAAAUAGCUCAGUGUUACAAACUCAGCCUAGUUCAUCGGCUCUAAAUUCAAAUCAAACUCCUCACUACUCCAGUGUGGUAACUCCUCGUAGACAAAACACUAGUGUAACAAUUAUCUCAAGUAAUUCAUCCGGAAUCAAUCCUUCAAUGGCUGCAGCGUCUCAGAGAAUAAGUGUAUUUGAACCGUACCCAAUGAGGGACACUGUGCAACACUUUUGUGAAAAGCAUCUGGAUAAAAUCAAAUCAUACAUGGACAAAGUCUCUCGGUGCAUACCUCCUCCUGCCAAGUGCACUAUUGAAGAGAGGAGAGCUAAAAAAGUUGCCAAGCUCCAUUUUGCUUGUCAAGGAAGAGGUGAACAUUGUCUGUACAACAGGACAUUUUUCACCAUGAAAACAAGAAAUCCUCGUAUCUGGAUUCAUCUCAUGUUCUUAUCACUGCAGGCUAGAUCACAAUCUGCGUUAAGCUCCCGAGAUUCAUCAGUCAGUAGCUUGAAAAACUGUUGGGACAUUUUAAAGUGUGAGAAUAAAACUUUCCUUACUGUGGUCACAUCAGCAUUUCCUUGCUCAAAGGACCAAGAGGCACUUACAAAUGAGUUGAGACAUUCUGGCUUUUUUGACGUGUUGGAAUAUGUUGGUGUGGGUGGAGGAGGAAAUGGAAUAUCUGAUGGGCCCCUCUGGGGCUGCUUCCUCUGCAACCAUCCAGAGCGAGCUGUUGGUUUCCUUCAGGAUUCCCAACCAGUGAUUGAAGGGCAGCUCAAAGAAAAGAAAGGCCGCUGGCGGCUAUUCAGGCGGUGGCGAACUCGUUACUUCACUCUGUCACCAGCCCACUUGUCCUGUAAAGGAUCGAAAGAUGACAAGGAUGUGACACCCAUUGAAGUGAAUCAGAUAAGAAGCGUGAAAGUCAGUCGAGGAGCCCGAAACAUUCCAAAAGCUUUUGAAAUAUUUACCGGUGAUCAAUCGCUCAUUCUGAAACCUAAGGAUGGGAAGAAUGCAGAGGCUUGGGUCCAAUGUCUGUCAGUUGCUUUGGCUCAUUCUCAUGCUCGUGAUUCUCCAUCUAACAAGACUCAUUCUUUGCCAGCUACUUUACGUACACCUAUUUAAUUUUUAGGAAGAUGAAAUCAAAUGCUGUACCCCUGAGAUUAAGAAUGGCCGGGGGUCAUUGCAUGUUAUCUCUCUCUCUCUCUGAAGAGUUCAAAAGAUUUUGUGACAAUUUAAAAAAAAUACUCGGGACGGGCCAAUAAGCAUUAGCAGCUGGCACAAAAGCAUAAAUAUUAUCUUUACUGGGGAACUUUCACUGUUACUACGACUGCCAGUUAUCUUUAACUUUUAUUGUUGUGUAUUUUAACAUACUACGUUUUUAUAUAUAUUACAUAUAUAAUCAUGAAUAUUUAUUUUUAUUAUGAAUAUGUAUAUCAUUGUUGUUAUCAAUAUACUUGUUAUUUAUGGAAGAAUUAUAGGAGAAGAAUAAUGAAGUUGCUCAUAAUCUUAUUUUAUUUCAAUGGUGUCUGUUCGUACAUUCCAGAGUUACAGUUGUGUGAGUUGAUAAACAACUCACAAAAAUAUAUUUAUAUCAAAAAUUUUAAAUGUCGCUGAUAUUGUAUCUUAGUACAAUAAAAUCUCAACAUAAUCAUUUGUUACUUGAA